AUGAUAGAGUUGUACGUGGAGUUUGAACAGCAGUCAGGGUCGGGCGCGGUCGGCGAGGAGGUCAAUGUUGAUGAGCUCGGGGAUAUAGAUUGGGAAGAAGAUAAUAAUGACAGUGAAGAGAAGUUCGAAGCUAACUAUGAAGUCGAUAACGGAGACUUGGCAGGCAAUCCAGAGGUGCAAAUUGAAGCAAAUGCGAUUGUAAGCCAGCACCCAUUUAGUGUUCCCUCUUUUAUGCGGACUCUAGAUCUCGAAGCCAUGCAUGACCCAGAAUUUCCUGAGUAUGCGAAUACGAGUGAAGACAACGCUACGGCAGAAGAUGGCGAGUUUAGUGUUGGAAUGGAAUUUGGUUCGAGAGAGUCGGUGAUAUCUACAAUUAAAAGCUACACUAUCUCUAGAGGAGUUGAUUACACUGUGUAUGAGUCUGAGUCGCAGACAUUCUAUGCGAAAUGUAAGGGGUAUGGUGUAGGGUGCGAUUGGCUUAUCCGGGCUAGCUUGAUUCGAAAGAAAACUUGUUGGGAGAUCAGGAGAUACAAUGGCAAGCACAUGUGCACCGUUGGAACGAUAUCACAAGAUCAUGCCAAGUUGGACUCGGACACAAUUGCAGAUGCCAUUAGGCCGUUGGUCGAAUUAGACCCCUCGAUAAAGGUGAAGUCUGUAAUUGCAGAAGUUCAAUCUUGGUUCAACUACACUGUCAGUUACCGCAAGACUUGGUUGGCAAAGCAGAAAGUUGUUGCCAAGGUUUUUGGUGAUUGGGAAGUUUCUUACCAGACUCUGCCAGUACGGUUGAAAGCAAUGACGGUUAAAAUGCCAAGGUCUCGUGUUCAAAUCAAAACGCUCCCCGUUUACCGUGAGACUGAGGAGGUUCAAGGUGUAAGAGUUCUGCACCUCGAGGGCGAGACGGCAGACGCAUGGGAGUUUUUCCUGACGAAUUUGCGGAGAUAUGUUGUUACCAUUGAUGGUGUGGGUAUUAUUUCUGACCGCCAUACUUCCAUCGACGCUGCAAUAGCUCGCACUAACGGUGCAUGGUCACCACCAAGGGCGUGGCACAUGUACUGCAUCAGGCACAUCGGCUCCAACUUCUUAAGGAGGUUCAAGGCUCCAUAUUUGCAUAAACUCGUGGUGAACACAUGCUAUUCUAGGACAGAGCAGGAGUACAACAAAAACUACCAAAGGCUUAAAGAGCGGGGUGAGGCAUAUACUCAAUGGUGCAAUGAGAUCGGUGUUGAGAGAUGGGUGUUGGCAUUCGAUGGUGGUCAUCGUUGGGGACAUAUGACGACAAACUUGGUAGAGUGGAUAAAUUCUGUCUUGAAGGGUGCAAGCAACCUUCCUGUGACUGCCCUGGUCCGUCAACUUUCUAUCGGCUGA